UACACUCCGUCACUCACUCACACGCUUAUAUACACACGCACACACACACACAGCGCGCGCCAUGGGGCAGCGGGACGAGCUGCUGAAGCCCAUCUGGCACGCGUUCACGGCGCUGGACGUGGACAGGAGCGGCAAGGUGUCCAAGUCGCAACUCAAGGUGCUGUCUCACAACCUCUGCACUGUGAUGAAGAUCCCCCCUGAUCCCGUAGCGCUGGAAGAGCACUUCAAGGACGAUGAUGAGGGACCUGUCUCCAACCAGGGCUACAUGCCUUAUCUGAACAGGUUCAUCCUUGACAAGGUUCAGGACAACUUUGACCGUGUGGACUUCAACAAGAUGUGCUGGACUCUGUGUGCGCGGAAGAACAUCAGCCGGACCCAUCUCCUCAUCAGUGAGGAGGACGCCUUUAAGGUCUGGUGCAUCUUCAACUUCCUUUCCGAGGACAAGUACCCGCUUGUCAUCGUUGCCGAGGAGAUCGAGUACUUCCUGCGGAAGCUGACAGAGGCCAUGGGUGGCAACUGGAUCCAGGAGAAGUUCAAUGCCUACAAAGCACAACUGGCGAGGAAGCAGAACUGCCUCAGUGCCUGGGAGCUCAUUGAGCUGGUGGGGAUGGGCCAUUUCAGCAAGGGCAUGGACCGCCAGACUCUCUCCAUGGGCAUCAACGAGGUCUUCCAGGAGCUCAUCCUGGAUGUGUUCAAGCAAGGCUACAUGAUGAAGAAAGGCCACAAACGAAAGAACUGGACAGAGCGCUGGUUCGUGCUGCGGCCCAGCUCCAUCUCCUACUACGUGAGCGAGGACCUGAAGGAGAAGAAAGGCGACAUUGUGCUGGACCGGAACUGCUGUGUGGAGUCGUUACCAGACAAGGAGGGAAAGAAAUGCCUUUUCAUUGUAAAAUGCGCUGACAAAAGCUUUGAGAUCAGUGCGUCGGACAAGAAGAAGAAACACGAGUGGAUUCAAGCCAUCCAGACCUGCCUGAACUUGCUGAGGCUGGGCCUCCCGUCACCGCACCGUGAAGCGCGCCAGAAGCGUAGGGAGCUGCGUCGGAAGCAGCAGGCCGAGCAGGAGGAGCUGGAGGACCAAAUGAAGCGGCUGCAGGCCACCAACGAGAACCGGCAGCACGAGCUGGAGACCCUGAGGAAGAAAUUAGAGGAGGCAGCAGCCAAGGCGGCCAGAGAAGAACGGAUGCGCCUGCAGACCCAGGUCGAGCUACAGGACCGCUACCGCAUGGACCUGGAGAGGGAGAAGAUGGUGCGUCAGGAGAUGGAGCAGCAGGUGGCCCAGAAGUCAAGUGAGCUGGAACAGUACCUACAGCGUGUGCAUGAGCUUGAGGACAUGUACCGGCUCCUGGAGGAGGCCCUGGAGGAUGAGCGGCAGGCCCGGCAGGACGCGGAGGCUGUACGCAAGCUGCAGGCCAGGCUCCUGGAGGAGGAGGCCAGCAAGCGGGCCGAGCUGGAGCACAUGCAUUUACAGCAGCAGAGAGCCAUCUUCAGGACAGAGGCUGAGAAGCAGGAGUUGCGGAACGAGCGUCUGGCUAAAGAGACGGCGCUGCAGGGCGCCAUGGAACAGCUGGCGCUGCUCGAGAGCGAGAGGCAGGGGGCACUGGAGCAGUACCAGGAGGUGAUGAAGAAGCUGGAAGAUGCAACCAAUAAAACACAGAGCUGGAAGAACAAGGUGGCUCAUCAGGAAGGAUUGAUUCGUCUCAUUCAGCCAGGUACCAAAGGACCCCAGAAGAUCACAAACUGGGGGCCGUCUGCCUUCACAGAGGCCGAGCUGAACGUGAGGGAGAAGAACUGGCAGGAGAAGAAGAAUCGGCCAGCCCAAACCCAGUAGAAGCGGACUCCUGGAAGAUCUAUAAAAUACACUGGACGUGACAACAAGCUGGCCUUAGCUCCACAUUUCAGCACAACAAUGACAUCAAGCGCUGCCCGUAAUCUCAUAUCAGGAGUGUGUUUAACAAUACCACGGCAUCCACUGCAACAUCACAGCCUUCUCCUUCUAGGAAUUUCAGAAAUAUCUGCUUGUGAUCUCCAGCUGCUGGUCCAGAGCAGCAGAAGCAAUGACUACUUGGAAGUUAAUAGAAAUGGAGACGUCUGCUGUCUCCUUCCUGACCUUACAUUGAGUUGUUUAGACCCGUUAACCACUGAUUCACAUACCUAAAACCCAGUGUUUAAACCUGAAUGAUCAGCUAAGGACUGUUUUAGAUUUUAUAGGUUUCGAUUGUUUAAACACCACAUCUUUCAUGAGUGUUUUUUUUUUUUUAAAUCGCAUUUGUAUGUUACUGUUGCCAAAGUGUACAACCAUAGGUGUUUGAUUUUCAUGCCUGUAUUUAUCACCUGUUUUCCAUCAUUGACAGUUUGAGAAAACUAUGAUAUAGAAGUGGCAGAGCAAUGGGUUCUAUAAAAUAUACAUUUAACAAUUUAUUACUUAAAACUAACUGAGCAUAAUUCUGUAAACCGUAAAGUUCUACCACAAAAAAAUAUUACAUAGCUUAUUUUUGAGAACCUGAAAUUGGUAGUAUUCUUAUAUCUUAUUAUAUCUUAUAUCAAACUGCAUGUGCAGUAUGUGUGAGGCCGAAAAAUUGGUUACAGCUAUAUAUAUCUGUCAAAUAGUUUGGCAGUGCAAAGGGGAGGGAACACACUUUGAAAAAAGCACUUGCAUCUAUUUACAAUAACUCCCCAUCCCCUGCAUUUAGUUACCAAGACUACUGAACACAUGCAUCUAGUCACCAUACCUCCCAAACCUCAGUAUCUAGUUACCAUGACUCUCUAACCUCUGAAUGUAGUUACCAUGCCCCCAGAUUGCCUGCUUAAACCCUUUCUGAAAAGGGGCUUCCCAGUUGAGAGAAAUGUGGCCCAAGACUCCUGUUGGGAAGCUCCAGUGUUAUGAGGUAUCAUCGCUGGCCUGUGUUUUCUAUGUAUUUUCCCAUCUGGCUAAUCUCUUGGUUGUUCCCAGUGACAGUCCCCUUAUGUUUUCCCAAAUAAACCCUGCUCUUGAACAAAAAAUCAGGGUAAUGUCACAGUGGUGCCUGACCAGAUGAUGGAUGACUUGCAUUUACUCUGCUUCACUGUGCUGCAACAAAACCUGGAUGCCAUUGUAGUGGCAUAACGGGAAGAGCAACGUGUUAGGAGAAAACUGUCAGCUGCACUCAACAGCAGCUGGCUGCUACUCUGCCUACUCUUGGAAGCAGUCUAAGAUCUUGCCUGAGUAUGACCCAGACUUUCCUGGACAUGUUGGAAUGUACCAUUCUGGCAUGUCAUUUGAGCAGUGGAGGAGAGUGACUUUCUUACACAUGGGAGAGGCUAUGACUGCAGUCAGGCAAAUCCUGGGAAUGGUUAGUGCUGACUACGGGGCUCUCUGUGCAACCAUCAUGGAGAGGGUGUGACUGAAGAAGGAGGAGCACAGGAAAAAAGGUACUAAGCCUCCACUGUGAAGAUGUCACUCAGGUCUUUGUAUUUGUCCAGCAGCUGCAUGGUUCUGCAGAUGGGAGGUGCAGCCCUUGAAGGUCGUAGAGCUGAUGGCACAGGAACUGAUAGUCCCCAUGCUUCUUAAGACCACUGGGAACUGACUCGAGUGUCACACGCUAGGAGGUCUUAGUGAGGUAACCCAGGUGGAAGGAAAUACACAUGGUAGUUGUGGCACCUUCAGGUUCACAUCUGCUGCUACCAACCUAAUGUGUCACCCUUGCUUUGCCCAGGAUCUGCUUGCUCUGGAAAGACAAGUGCUGCUUUCUUUUGGUUUGUCUUUUCUCCUGUAACGCCCUCUUUGACAUGUGUAACAGGUUCUGUAGCUGAACAGGAGGCAGGGACUGGAGUGUCUCCAUCAUCGCCCUCUAAUAGAAGUGUGUUCCCUCCCCUUUGCACCACUACAAGUUGUCCAGAUGAAGUUUUCCUUUUCAUAGCUUUUUUUUUUUUUUCAAGUUUUUCAAGUUCCUAUCUUUUAAAGGGUCCAUGGGCAGUAUUAAUUUAAACUCAUUAAGUGUAGGAAUGUAUAAUAUUUAUCAAGUCCAAAGUGGCAGUUCAGUUUCAUACAAAAAUUACUCUAGCUCAUCAUAUGUUGGUGUGAGGAUAUCAGCGU